CGCGCACUUUCACGACCAUUUCAGUCACCCACUCUGUCAAAAUUUCCUCCUGAACAAACUCUAGCCCAGCAAAGAAUUGCCAUUCUCUUAGUACCUUCUUAAGUUGGCGAAUAACGAGUGCGAUGUCAACCAAACGGCUAGCACUCGUGACAAGCAGUAUCCGGGAGCCUCGCUUGAACCCGGCCAUUACAAGUCACGUCCACGAAGUAUCUACGGGAACCUGCCUGGCGCAACAAAUCAGUGUUGAAACAAUCGACCUUCGUAGGAUCUCGCUUCCUCCAGAUACGGAACCCGAAGUCCCAUCCCAUUUGCCCGUGGAGGACACGUCUUCUCACUACGCCUUCGCUCACACGCGAGAAUGGUCGAAGCUAGUCAGUCAGUACGACUGUUUCAUCUUUGUGACGCCGCAGUACAACUGGAGCGUCCCGGCAGGCCUAAAGAAUGCUUUGGACUAUCUUUUCCACGAGUGGAAGGGGAAGUCGGCCGGCAUUGUUAGCUACGGAGUCAGAGGAGGUGGAAAGGCCGCGAACCACUUGCGAGAUAUCCUCACCGGCCUACGUAUGAAGGUGGCGCCUACAAUGCCAGCGCUGCCAAUACCGACCAAUUCUUUCGAGGUCGGUCAAGCUGAAAAGGAUAAUUGGGAAAAGGCUGGCUUGAAUCUGAACAUCAUAGCCAUGGUCAAAGAGGUCUUGGAGGCUAAUCAGGUUAUGCUGGGGCCAUAAUUAUGCACAAAUCAACCGGUAAUCUGGCCACGAAGACUAUUUCAGCAAAAGAACAUGAAUCAAGCUUAUUUCUACUACUCAAGAG